AUGAAAUCCUUAAGGUCAACAGAUAGGUUGUGCAAUAGAAGGGCUAUUCUAGUUCUUGAUGACGUGGAUCAACUAGAACAACUAAUUGCAUUCAGUUGCCAAUCAGACAGUGUCAGAAAAGAAUGCUUUGGUCCCGGAAGUAGAAUCAUCAUAACGAGGCACCUGCAUUUGCUAGAACGCAUUGAGGUAAAUAGAAAUUAUAUAGUUAAGGAAUUGAAUGCUGAUAAAUCUCUUAAGCUCUUUAGUUUUCAUGCCUUCGAGAGAAUUGGUCCUUUGGAAGGUCAUGUUCAGCUCUCAAAAUAUGUAGUAGGUUACUGCAAUGGAUUGCCCUUAGCCCUUGAAGUUUUGGGUUCAUGUCUAAGAGAGUUCAAAAGCAUAGCUGAAUGGGAAAAUAUAUUGGAGAAAUUGAGAAAAAACCCUCAUGCUAAAAUUCAAGAGAAGCUUAAAAUUAGCUUCGAUGCAUUGGAUGAUUAUGAAAAAAAGAUAUUCCUUGAUAUUGCCUGUUUCUUUAUUGGAAUGGAUAAAUACUACGUCAUAAAAAAACUAGAUGGGUGUGGUUUUUAUGCAACAAGCAGUAUUGGUGUCCUCACUCGUAGAUGCCUUUUAAGAAUAAACAAAGGCAAGCUUUUGAUGCAUGAUCUGCUGAGAGACAUGGGAAGGAAAAUUGUUUGUUAA